AUGUCGAGUGAUGAGGAGAUUUUGCCGAUAGUGGAUGAAACCGUUGAGACGGUGAAAGGGGCCGAUGAGGCUGGAACGGUUGGAGGCUCUGAAGACACGAAUGAUCUGGCUCAGGAAACCACAGAAACAAAUGAGGACGAAGCCGAGGAUGGCCCCAAAGACAACCCCGAUGAUCUUGUGGAGAGAAGAGGUGAAGGCCGCUAUUUUGGCCACAUGGAAGAGAAGGCCCCAGUGAUAUGCACCAAUUGCCAUCGUCGUGGCCAUAUGAGAGCCAACUGUAAGGUUGUUGUAUGCAAUGCGUGUGGAAUGGUAGACGAUCACUACGAAUCACAGUGUCCUCAGUCGAUUGUUUGUACAAAUUGUGGUGAGAAGGGACAUUUCCAGAGGCAGUGCACCCAGCCACGCAAGCGCAUAUACUGCACUGAAUGUGGGCUUCACAGUCAUAGCUCGGAUAGGUGUCCCCGGAUCUGGAGAACUUAUUUGACAUCGAGGACUUACGAGCCUGGAAGAGAACUGCCCCCUCUUUAUUGUUAUAACUGCGCCUCUAGUGAGCACUACGGUGAUGAUUGCAGACAGCCGAGACAGUCGCGGACACCCAACAUUAACGGGUCGGCUUUCAAAGGGAGCAAUCUUCCUAGACAGGCACGGGAUAUGUAUCAGAGAAAGCAGCGGAAACGGACGUUUGAGGGUGAUCAAAGUGGGUCAAAAAGACCAAGGCAUGCUACCUCUGUCCCGAAUUUCAACAACAGGAACAGCUACAAUAACAGCUAUGGGAAUGGCGACAAUGGUCGGGGAAAUUAUAACAGCAAUUACAGCAACAACAACAACAACAACAGCAGCUAUAACAGCAAUUACAAUAGCAAUUACAACAACAGUGGAUCCUCGCUGGGUGGUCACAGCAUAGCACCCAACAGAGGCAAACGCCAGCCUUCAAAGAGUGGCACUCUGGCUCCUCCACGCGGAGGAGUAUUUGCAGGGGCCAAGAGCAGAUUCAAGGAUGCAAAGAAGAAGGCAGGUCGGUUUUUCAACUAA